AUGAACAGCAGCGGCGAUCCCCCGCUCCAGAAGAGCUUUGCCGACACUCUGAGCAGCAUGCUAAACAAUAUAAAAUGUUUCGGCCCAGCCGAGGCCACCCAGGUCGUUGGUGCGUUGAGGGGCGCGCCGUGCGGCGAGGACCAGACCAAGCGGAUCAUGGCCACCGUCGACAGCAAGGUCGCCAAGGGCAGCGGCCCCGUCAAGCCAGAAGGCUCUGCUAAGCAAUCGCUUAAGGAGUGGUGGUGUUACCUAACGUCUUCGGACUGGGCUGUGCUCAAUAACCCCAAGCUUUCGGUGCACCGCAAGAUGACGACGAUGGCAUGCUUCAAGUCCGAAAAGAAAGAGUGCGGGUUCUCGCGCAUCUUGGAAUACCCAGCUUCGCCAUCGGAGCUCCCAACAGACAUCUUCCAGUCUGCCUACCCUGACGAUGGCCAGCCGACCACGAUCGAACUCAAGGGCAUCAACACAAUCGCUGACAAUAUAUCGUUGCGCUCCAACAGUCGCAAGCCGAAGUCGUCUUUCGAACCAGAUGUUAAAGCAAAGUUCCAAGCGGCAAAGGCAGAGCUUGACACCGCCCAGAGCCAUGACACCACGCCAGCGCCCACAGCCGACGCGCGCACCGCAUCGCCAGCAGGGGCGCUCAUCCCAUCUCCGACUGACCCGUGCGAGGUGGGAUUGUUCUACGAGUACCAGCACAAGUUGCUCGAGUACCGCCAAGAGAAAAGCCAAGCGGCUGCGCGGUGCCCUGAAGCACCUCCCGUGAAAGUAGAGCCACGAGCCAGCUUGGCUGUCCACUGCGCUCCUGAUGGGACGCGGAAGGUUGCCAAACAUGAGACGCCUGUCACGCGCGAGCUCGAAACCCCUAAACAUGAGAAGCAGGGCGCUGUAAAGGCUGAGCAGCACAAACCCGAGGGCGAUGCGGAGCACGACGCCGCCGACGAUGACGACGGGCCGCGUUUAGAGGACUUGGGCGCCCACGCCCGCGCUGCGAUCGAGGCCCCCAAGAAGCGCAAGGGCAAGCAGAAGGAGGAAGCAAAGGCCAAAGUCGCAGCUAAGAAGGAAGCUGCAAAAGCAGCUGCAGAGAAGGGCGCCGAGGUCAAGACUGAGGCGCCAGCGCGGAAGCGCCCAGCAGCAGCCGCUGCGCCCAUCAAGCCCGCCAAGGCUGUCAAGACCGACCCUGCCGCGGCUGCAAAGAGCGCGAAGAAGCCCCAGGCGGCUACUGCCGACUUGAAGCCGAUCCCGAAGUCUAAAAUCAUGAGCGCAAUGCCGUCGAUGCCAAAGGACGGUUCGAACCCACCGCCAGUGGUCUACAAGCAAGGCAUAAUCUACACGAACCGCAAAGCUUUUCGCUUCCGUGCUCCCAGAGAGCGCGGCAAUUCAUUGCGCUUAGCGAGCCACCGCCAGACAUCGCACCGCUUCGUCGAGUAUCUGGAGCGCAUGUCGCGGACUCUGUCUAAUGAAGAGUUCGUUAUGUUGCAGCAGGCGCUGGGCUUAACGUUGUCUAAGCGAGGCUUACUGCUCGCUAGAGCCUUAGACAGGCUGAUCAACCCAACAGAGGUGUUUAUGCAUGACUACAUGCACGCGCUGUUCGUCGACGGUGUUGUGAAUCUCGUGAUCUACCUAACUUUCGAAGAGUUCAUAUCUGCUGGGCUUAAUGGCGUGUGGGAGUCAUUCUCUGACUUCCUGGCAACUUGGGUGUCCCCUGGAAGGCUUCACGCUACGCAUUUAGACAGCAUUUUCAAUGCUGAUCGGAAGGCACCCAAGAAGAGCAGGCAGCUGAUCUUGGACGCAUUGGGUUUGGAAGGUGACGCUAUCCCAGCGAAUGUAGGUAAAGGUUCUCGCUUCAGCCAGCUCGGCUUAUGCACGCAAGGGGACGUUGUGCUUUUGAACGGCUCCGAUGGCAUACUUGCCGCCCGCGUGAAGUUGCAUUUCGAGGUCAGUGGAGAAGCUGUUUCUAUGAUGGAGGUUAUGGAACUUUCUCGGCGCAUCCCUGGUACUGCAAAGGCAGUGUGGAAACUUUCUGAGACUCCAGUGGAGUGCGGGGAGACCAAAGCUAUUUUGGCUGCAGUAGAACACUGCGUGUACGCAGACGGCACCGUCGGCACUAUCCUGCCAUUGGAGUUUUCAUGA